AUGAUCUCCUUAUAUGAUGCUUAUCAUGUAGUGGCAGCUAUAGUCCCAUUGUAUGUUGCCAUGAUCUUGGCAUACAUCUCUGUGAAAUGGUUGAAACUCUUCACACCAGAACAAUGCUCAGGCAUAAACAAAUUUGUGGCUAAAUUUUCAAUCCCUUUGUUAUCCUUCCAAGUGAUCUCUAAAAGCAAUCCCUACAGUAUGAACCUCAAGCUCAUUUGUGCCGAUUUCCUUCAAAAAGUCAUUGCAUUAGUCGGUUUGACAAUAAUCGUGUAUGUUCGAUCCAAUGGACAUCUAAACUGGGUCAUAACGGGUCUUUCGUUAUCAACGUUUCCCAACACUUUGAUCCUGGGAAUCCCACUGCUAAAGGCAAUGUAUGGAGAUGAAGCCGGUGCGCUUCUUGGGCAGAUAGUCGUACUACAAAGCCUAAUUUGGUACAACUUAUUAUUGUUUCUGUUUGAGCUCUCAGCUGCAAGGGCAGCUCAACCAUCUGAAGAUCAUAGAGGUAUGUGAUCAUCUGAUUUAGGUUUUCCUACAGACGCCGAAGAAGAACAAGGAGUAGAGGAACGGGAAGAGGCUAAAUCCAGAACUCCAAGAACAAAAGUAAUGUCCAUCCUUCUAACUGUAUGGAAGAAACUUCUGAUCAAUCCCAAUACUCAUGCAACUGUAUUAGGUCUUGCAUGGGCAACCAUAAGCUUCAGGUGGGAUAUAAGAUUGCCGAACAUUGUGGAGAAUUCUAUAUCGAUAUUGUCAGAUGGAGGACUUGGAAUGGCAAUGUUCAGCUUAGGUCUAUUCAUGGCAUCACAAACAAGCCUAAUAGCAUGUGGUACCCGAAUGGCAUUGUUGGCCAUGGUCUUGAAGUUCAUAGUUGGACCUGCUAUAAUGGUAGCUCCCUCUCUUGCUAUUGGAUUGAGGGGAGUAUUGUUUAAAAUUGCAACCAUACAGGCAGCUCUUCCUCAGGGAAUUGUACCAUUUGUAUUUGCGAAGGAGUAUAAUGUGCACCCAGAAAUCUUGAGCACCAGCAUACUCAUCGGCUUGCUUGUAGCAUUGCCAGUCGCAUUGGUCUACUACUUGUUGUUAGGGUUGUAA